GGGAGAAACAGGGCUGGAGGCAGGGUGCUAGGAUUAUCCUUUCUUCAACUCGCAAAUCCGCCUGCACCUUGUCUUUAUUAAGCACAAGACGCUGAGGUAGAAUCGUGAUCUUUCAAUGGCCGGAGUAACACAAUUCGACCGCUUAAAAGAGGUCAAUAGACAUCUCUGAAAUCCCCCCAUACUGCGAUUUGUAGCAAAACAAACCCGUCAAGAUGAGCAAUUGGAUCCUGCUUCUUGUCGUGGGCUGGUUGGUUGCUGAUCUUGUCCAAGCGGGGGCAAAGAAUGCCUACACUGGACCGUGUGAUGGUCGAGACUGCAGCGGAGGUUGCAAAUGUUUGCCAGAGAAAGGGUCAAGGGGUCAGCCAGGAACGAUUGGGCCACAAGGACGUAGUGGGCCCCCAGGAUUCCCCGGACCUGAGGGGUUAAGAGGACCAAAAGGUGAAAAGGGUAACUCCGGUAACCCAGGAGCGAGUGGCAUGAAGGGAGAAAAGGGUCCGAUCGGUGUACCAGGAUUUGUCGGGCUGAACGGGAUCCCAGGUCACCCAGGUCAACAAGGUCCAAGAGGCCGCGCUGGUCUGGAUGGGUGCAAUGGUACCAUUGGAGACUCGGGUUUCCCUGGCACUGUUGGGUAUCCAGGAUCCUCAGGAUUCCCAGGUGAAAUUGGCCAAAAAGGAGCUAAAGGAGAGCCAGCCUACAUCUCUGGAGGCGAUGGUGGAUUGAGGGGUGAGCCGGGCCUACCAGGUUUGGACGGAGUUCCUGGUCCAAAGGGUUUUCCAGGUCCCUUUGGCUCCGUGGGUACCAGAGGGCCACCAGGCUUUCCAGGUCAACCUGGUCCCCCAGGCCGUCAAGGAUUAAAAGGUAACAUGGGAUUGGGAUUCCAAGGACAGAAAGGAGGAAAGGGAGACGUGGGCCUGCCUGGUCCUCCAGGUCCACCACCUGCCACUGGUCAACUUGAGUUUGUUAAACCAACCGGAUUUCCAAAAGGGGACAGAGGUGAAAAGGGCGAUAAAGGAUUACCUGGUGCUCCUGGAAGGCCUGGGGCACGUGGCUCGCCGGGUUAUUCAGAUUUCGGGAGAUCAAAAGGAGAGAAAGGAAUCCCUGGUCUUCCAGGCCCAAGGGGAUCUUUUGGCUCAGAUGGAUCUCCUGGAAUUCCUGGAAGGAAGGGCUUACCAGGCUACACUGGGACAAGUGGAAGAGAUGGUUUCCCAGGAAUGAAGGGUGACCAGGGUGAAGUGGGUCCACCAGGUCCCCCAGCUUACAUCGAUGGAAGUGGUACUCUUGUUAAAGGUCCUCCUGGGGAUUCAGGUUCACAGGGACUGCCAGGUCCUCCAGGAGUCCGAGGUUUUCAAGGCCAGACAGGAUUACCUGGACGUCCAGGCUCUCCAGCACAAACUCAAGGUUCCAAGGGUUUACCAGGAUUCCCAGGCAUUGUAGGACCUAAAGGUGCAAAGGGUGCGCCAGGAAGAAUGACUUUUUCACAACCAGGCCCACCAGGUUUCCUGGGCCCCCCUGGGCCUCCUGGUCCACCAGGUCCUUCAGGCGCCGCGAUAGGAAGCCAAGGAUCACCUGGACCUCCAGGGUUGCCUGGAGUAGCUGGACCACCGGGAUUCAGGGGAAAUAAAGGAUAUAAAGGUGAGCCUGGGGCAUGUGCUUGCAGUGGGGCGAUUACUGGGAGGGGUAUUCAAGGCCCUCCUGGUCCUCCUGGUGAACCAGGAAAGCCUGGUUUCAACAGUGGUAAAGGCCAGUGUGGAGAUCCAGGACCAGCAGGACCUCCAGGACAAUCAGGUCCUCCAGGUAUUCCAGGUGUGCCAGGAGCAUCAGGAGCAAAAGGACAGAAGGGAGAUUCAUCCGUUACAUCAGCAAAGGGGCAAAAAGGAGACCCUGGCAAUCCAGGGCCAAGGGGACCUUCAGGCACUCCAGGAAAACCGGGAAGGGAUGGAUUCCCAGGUCUAGCAGGACCUCCAGGUAAACCUGGUGACAGUGGAACAGGUUUUCCGGGUGCUAAAGGUUUCCCAGGCAGUCCCGGCCUAAAGGGUCCCCCAGGUGAAAGGGGUACGCCAGGCGUUGGAUUCCCAGGCCCUCCUGGUUUCCAAGGUCCUCCAGGUGAUCCAGGAGUUGAUGGAACACCAGGACCAUCAGGUUUCCCAGGGUUACCAGGUGACUGUUGCUGCGGGGAAACCGCUGGUGAAGGCGACCUUCACACAGAGGGAGGAAUCACUUUGCCGUGUGUGGUCCCAGGCAGUAGAGGCUCGGUGGGUCGACCCGGAGUACCAGGGCUCCCAGGUCAGAAAGGUAGGCCAGGUUUCCUAGGCAGUCCAGGACAACCAGGAUUUGAUGGACCAAAAGGACCUCCUGGAGAUCCAGGCUUGUUGGGAGAAUCAGGCCGCCCAGGGUUUCCCGGACCACGUGGUGAUCAAGGACUACCAGGUCUCCCUGGGCUGGAUGGAAGUGAAGGCUCUCCUGGAAAAAUGGGUCUUCCAGGAUUUCCUGGUCAAAAAGGAUUCCCAGGUGAUGUGUAUGGUGCAGAACCAGGUGCCCCAGGUCAACCAGGUCAACCAGGAAAACUGGGAUUGAAAGGAGCUCCAGGAGAUUCUGGGUUUCCAGGACCUAAAGGUUUCGACGGUAGACCAGGGUUUCCAAGUCAAAAAGGUGAAAGGGGAGUUCCAGGUUACCCUGGUCGUCGAGGCUUGCCGGGCCCUAGUGGACCAGAUGCCCAAACAGGUUUCCCAGGAGAAACGGGAAGACCCGGUGAGCUCGGACAACCAGGCUGCGAAGGUUUCCCCGGACCAAAAGGUUCAUUCGGAGAUCGUGGACCCCCGGGUCCUUCUGGUAUGAAGGGAUUUCCAGGAAUUCCAGGAGAUAGAGGUUACCCUGGGUCACCAGGUCUGCCUGGUGCUCCAGGAGAGCCUGGUCGUACAGGCCAACAGCAUCGAUAUGGAUUGAAAGGUGUAAAAGGUUCUCCUGGCCUGGUUGGAUUCCCAGGCUUGCCAGGUCCACAAGGCCGGCCAGGAUUUGAUGGACGUAAAGGAGAACCAGGCAGCCUAGGAAGACCAGGCUUCCCAGGUUCCCCAGGCAGAGAUGGAGAUAAGGGUGAUAGAGGAGCUAGUGGAUUGUCCGGGCCUCCUAGUUUAAGAUCCAGUCCUGGCUUGAAAGGUGACUCUGGCAGACCUGGGGUUCCAGGGUUUUCUGGGCCAAGAGGAAACAAAGGUUUGCCAGGACCAGCUGGUACCCCUGGACUCCCAGGAUUAAGAGGCCUCCCUGGACGUGAGAAAGGUAGACCAGGUGAUUCUGGGCUUCCGGGAUUUCCUGGAUCACCAGGGCGACCAGGACUGAAAGGGACCCCUGGUAUUAUUGGUUUCCCUGGAAUGACAGGAGAAAAGGGUAAUGAUGGUUUGCCAGGUCGUCCUGGUUAUCCUGGUGAACAGGGUACUGUUGGCCCAAAAGGUGAGCGUGGUGAUAUACUUCGUGCCCCAGGUGAUGUAGGAAUAAAAGGAGAGCCUGGUCAAGCAGGAUACCCAGGUGAAAGAGGGAGAACUGGUUUGCGCGGUGAUCCUGGUUUCUCUGGUAGUCCUGGGCCUAGUGGAGUCAAAGGAUCACCAGGAGAAAGUGGCCGUCCAGGUGGCCCAGGUGCUCCCGGGCUGCAAGGGGCUCCUGGAACUCCAGGUUACCAAGGAUUGCAAGGACGUGCGGGUCCUCCAGGGCCUUCAGCUCAAUUUAGUCGACCAGGACAGAAAGGACUCCUAGGCGCUCCAGGACUAGAUGGUUUGAAUGGUUUGCCUGGACCUAAAGGGCCCUCAGGAACACCAGGUGUUGGUUUGGCGGCACUGCCAGGACCUCCUGGCCUUCCUGGGCUAAAGGGUGAAUACGGUACACCAGGAACUGGUAUAGGGACACCAGGAUAUCCUGGACCAAAGGGACUUCGAGGAGAUCCAGGUGAUAGUGGACCAUCGGGUCUUCCAGGAAAACCAGGUCCUCCGGGAAGCACAGUCGUUUCAAACAUACCUGGGAAGCCAGGUGAUAUUGGUCCACCUGGAUUUGAUGGUGAAGGAGGUUUUCCAGGCCCACCUGGUCCUCCUGGGCAGCCAGGCUUGGGUUUUGAAAGGGGGGAACCUGGUAACCCAGGCCUUCCCGGGGCCUCAGGACGAGGAGGCCUGCGGGGGAACCCUGGGCCUCCUGGAAUCCCAGGAGCCCCAGGCACUCCAGGAUUGAAGGGCCAAAGGUCAGAACAAGGCAGAAUGGGAUUUCCAGGUACAGAUGGUCCUCUAGGCGAUCAAGGUUACCCAGGACCCAAAGGGGACCCUGGUGCUCAAGGCUCUGCAGGACCACCAGGACUCCGUGGACCACCAGCACAAAUCAGUGAUUUGCCCUCAAACCCAGGUGAUCCAGGUUAUGCAGGACCUGAUGGAUCGUCAGGUCCUGUGGGAGACCAAGGCAGCCCUGGCUUUUUAGGAUUUCCAGGUAUCAAGGGCCAGCCUGGAAAACCAGGUAGAGUGGGACCAAAUGGUUUUCCUGGCCCUCCAGGUUUGUUGGGAGAUGCAGGUCAGAAGGGAUUCCCUGGAUCACCUGGAUUAGAAGGUAACCGUGGGAAGCCAGGAGCAGCAGGGCUGCCAGGGCUGCCAGCUCGGAGUGUGAGUGUGGGCUACACGCUGGUGAAGCACAGUCAGUCAGAUACUGUGCCAGCCUGUCCACUGGGAAUGAACAGUUUGUGGGAUGGAUACAGCUUGCUGUUUGUGGAAGGACAAGAAAAGACUCACAAUCAGGAUCUGGGAAUGGCUGGCUCAUGCUUGCCCCGUUUCACCACCAUGCCUUUCCUUUACUGUAACGUCGAUGAGGUAUGCCACUAUGCAAACAGGAACGACAAGUCCUAUUGGCUUUCUACCACUGCCCCCAUCCCCAUGAUGCCCGUUUCCAAUCUGCAGAUCCGACGCUACAUCAGCCGCUGUUCAGUUUGCGAGGUGCCAUCUCAGGCCAUUGCCGUGCACAGCCAGGAUGUAACCAUUCCACAGUGCCCUGAAGGUUGGCGGAGUCUCUGGAUAGGCUACUCCUUCCUCAUGCACACGGCUGCUGGCGCUGAAGGUGGGGGCCAGUCUCUCGUGUCGCCCGGCUCCUGCCUGGAGGACUUCCGCUCCACGCCCUUCAUUGAAUGCAACGGCGCCCGCGGCACAUGCCAUUACUUUGCCAACAAGUACAGCUUCUGGCUGACCAUCGUGGAGGCGAGCCGGCAGUUUGUGGAGUCGCCACCCUCGGAGACGUUGAAAGCGGGCCAGCUGCGGACACGGGUCAGCCGCUGUCAAGUCUGCAUUAAGUACUUGUAGCGGCCGGCCAGCUCGGAUCUUCCCCGCCAACGUGACUCUUGCUCAGCCAGCAGGCACAGCAGGCCUUUCCGAUGAAUCGCCAGCCGGCUUCACAAACUUUGUAUAUUAGGAGGAGAUGGUUUCUAAAACCGAUUGUAUUUUUUAAAAAAAAUGGUGUGCCUUGAUUCCUACACGCCGCAAAGCCCCCAUUUUAAGAGCAAAUAAGAGAGCCGCCGGUGCCAAAAUUUCCUGGCUCUGGUCUGGCCCAAUCUAUUCAGGUGCAGUUUAUCUUCAGUAGCUCCUUUCAAUCUGACCAGGCUCCUGCUAUCCAUGCCUGAGUGAAAUAAGCAGUACUAUGUAUGGAUGCCACUAGACUGUACCGGGGUGCAGGAUCAUCUGUAUUCAUUCAUGUAUGGUUAAGUUGGGGGAGCCUGCUUCCAGUUUCUCAUAUAUUUCUGUUGGACUGUGCCACACUUUAUACCACCCCUACCAGCAGUAAAAUACCAGCUCUUCCACUCAUGAUUUUUUAAAAACUUGGGAGUGGAGAUGAGAGUUUCUUUUAACAGCACCUCUACCAAUUACCUGUUUCCUCAUAUUCCUGACUAUUCACAGUGCUACCUGUUUACAGGACUGGGUGUUCCUGUAAAUGAUGCCUGCGCUUAACCGGCAUUACCAAGCCUUCCCCAAGUUGGCCUGACUCAAAAGCUUUUUCAUCUUUGUCAUUACAUUGCAACUGACUCCUGUUGAAGUUCACCUCCUCUCAGCCAUAUCACAAAACUCUGACACUGGGGCUGGUACAGGGGUCGGCAAUUGUAAUGGCGGGAAGAGCCAUUUUUAAAAUUUAGUCAAAGACUCGAAUUUAAGAGCCGCAAUAUAUUACUUAAAUUUUCGUUAAAUAACGAAAAACAAGACAGAGACACAUUACAACGACAUUUUAAAUGUUUUUCUAAAACAAGGUUGUUCAUUGAGUUAUACUUUUUAGCAAGUACAUUAUUAGCAAAGCGAAACAAGCCAUUUAAUUACCAUUAAAAUGGAUUUGAUCAAUUAGGGUCAGGAGCCGCAUGAGUCCUUGAUGUGCCGCAUGCGACUGGGGAGCCACAGGUUGUAGACCUCUGAGCUAGGGCAUAUAGAUGCUGACCAAAAGAUGUCAGACAAUACAAAGCAUUGCAUGCCAAUCUUAUCUAUUGAAAAUAAACUGGUCUGUGUUUCAAAAGCUUUUUUAUAUACUGUAAAUACAUUAGGUUGCUUUAUUGUGGAAUUUAAUUUUAAAGGAUGCAUCCCAAACCCCCCCCCCUCCCCCAUCCCAACUCUGCAAUUUAAUCUCCUGAAAUAGGGAUGCUUUCUGUAAUUCCCACAAAGAUAUAAAAAAAGUGUAUUUUAAAUGUACAUGCCUAAUUGUAUAAGAUCACUUUCCACAAUGACCAAACUAUAUGCGAGACUAGGUCUAAAGCUAUCACCUGCACUUCUUAUUUCAUGAGUCGCAAUAGAAAAGCAGGAAAUUGAAAACGUUGUGAAAGUGUCACGUUUACUCAUCACAAAGGUGCUGUUUUCAAAGUUCACGGCUACCUCAGAAAGUGAAAUUGUUGCUCUGCUUUCUCUCUCCUACCACUGAAUAGAUAAGAAUGCAUGCGUUUCUGCACUGAUAUAUUUGACUGGCUUUCAUUCAUAUUUGCGCAAUAAAGCUUCUGCUUUUGUUUCCACCCUCUGUAAAGCACAAACGUCUCACUGUUAAGUGGGUAGGUUGGAAGUGACCACUCAACUGUACUGAAAACUGCCUGCAGUGGUUAAAUAGCAGAUGUGUCACCUAUAACAAUCUCAGUUGACUUUGGCUAAUAUAGUGAUGUCUGUCAGUCACUGUUUCACAUUAGCACAGAAUCCUUUAAUCCAGAAUUGUGCCCCUCUUUGGCACGGACAGAUCCAUUUCUGGCACAUUUAGUUGUUGGAUUCACUGACAAUUAUGAGAUAAUACAAUGAUGUAAAAUCCAGGCUGUGAUCGCCAAGUGUGGUGCAUCGAUGCACAUUUCAGCAUCUAGUAAAUGAUAUUGUAACAGUGAAUUAAGAUACAGUGCACAUGCAUCCUUGCAUUGAUUAUAGGAUAGAGCUGGUCAAUAAAGACACGCUAAUAAGCAGGGAGGACUUGGCUUCUUUUUUGCCUGGAGAAAUUUGUUUACAGAGAUAAGUCAAUCUUAGAUGAGGGCUUAGAAAAGAACCAGCGUUUGAUGUAUAGAUGAAAUCAAAUGAAAGGGGCCCUGUCACACCUUGAAAUAUAAUUGCUAGAGCUUUCCUUUUACUUCCUAAAUGUGACACAUUGAUGCAAUCUGUGUUGAGAAGCUAUUGUUGUGUUGGUUGCUUGUGACAUCAGCUUGAGUCAUGUCACAACUGUAAGCAAAGUGAUUUAAUGUCAGUCGUUUGCAUGCAGUAAAGGGUUGAAUGGCUCCUGUGCUUCACAUGCCAUCAAUCUGAUGAGGCACUGACUGCCCCUCCAUUGCUAAGCAUUUACACGCCAAAGAAGCCAUGCAUGACCAUAGUGACAUUUUGUUGAGCACGGAAACUGUCUUCACUGAACAUGGUGCUUUUCUUUCAGAGGUAGCCCUAUGUACUACGGUCGAGGGUUUUGUUUUUAAUCAAGAAUAUGUGAGAGGCAUGUGUCAGAGAUAGAUAAGGCAGUUAGGCUGAGAAUCUGCCCCUCAUCCAAAAAGAUGUUUAUUAAGAGCAGUGUUUUUGAAUUGGGUAGUCAGCUCAACUGCAUUGUUUUAUAGGAUGUGGGGGGGGGGGGGGUUGCAAUCUUUUUGUCAUAGUUCAAAGACCAACAGUGAACAUAAUUAGAGGCCUGGUAAGGAUUUAGAUCAUGGCUUAAAUUCUGAGGGUAGAUUUUCCAAUCCUCACAUGAUUUAAGAGCAUGUUGGAAAAUUGUGUGCACUUCAAAACCAGACAGUGGCAACCCCUGUCAUGCAAAAGAAAAACAACAUAUUUUUAAAACCCACAAGUGUUUGUAUUCAUAAUGGUGCUAUUUUCUAUUGUUUCACUGCACUGCAAGAGCAUUCAGCUCAAUUUUCUUAUCACAGGGCAUUGGGGGUUCAAAAUAUAAUUUCACGAACCUGCUUGUGAGUGCCUGAAUGCUUCGCUCAGUGAGAAAAUUGCCACCCCACCCUUUCUCCCAACAUCUGCCCUGCCAUCUAUAGAUGGUUAUAGGGAAGAAUGUACACUUCAGAAUUCAGAUGAAUUGUCCUCAAUUGUACUCUUGUCAUUGUGUCUGGAACUGAUUUCUUUCUCAUUUUAAACAAGUAAACAAUUCCAAAUUUGAACUUUUUUUUUGUUGUUGUUGCUUCAUACCUGUAUAUACAGGAUUAUUGCUGUCAGGUUUCUAUUUUAAAUGGUAUUUGGUACUACUGAAAUUUUAAAUUUAAAUGUUUGUAUUAAAAAAACUCCGAAGCUGUAUAGAUUCAAUUUAUAAUUGCUAAAACAAAUGGCCAAAUGUUAAUUGCUCACAUUGCCUUUCCUUUGGCCAGUGAUGUUGCAGAGAUACAUAAGCUGCCAAAUGAAAGUACAGUAAUCAAUAAACUCUUUAUUCUUGUCAAAA